AUGGAUCCAAAUGUGCAGAGGGCAUUGCAGGCAAAGUGGGAUGAUGAUGAGUACAAGAAGAAGGCUGAACAAAAAAAAAGAAUCGCGCCUUCGAGAUUGGCAAAGGAAUUAGAUUGUGAGCUCAAUGAAUUUGAGGUUUUUAGGAAAACCCACACUCGGAAGGAUGAUCAAGGACAAAAAAUGUGGGUUGAUAAUAGAUCAAAGGGCAUUGUGGUGUUUGAGAGAUUAAGUAUAGAGGCAUUUUCAGCAUCAAUCGGUAGCGAUUCGUCCUCUUCAACUACAGUCGACGAGUACCACAUCUUUUAUCAGGCUAUCUCUGGUAGGAACAAGGAAGGUCGUGUCUACGGUCUCGGGUCUCAAGCUAAUCAGUCCUACCCGGUUGCAUCCGGUAGCACCUCUAGUAGUUUAUAUGGGUCUAUGUCACAUGAUUUAGAAGAAAUGAGACUAAGGUUCACCUAG